CUCGUUUGUUCCUUCUAUAGAGACGGAGGGGGAGAGGCGAGUGGGGGUCUCUGGGGCUUUUGGUCUCUGAUUCUAUCUCAUCUCUAGGGUUUGGUUUUCUGGCGACAUUCCGUUUCCUAGGUCAUCAUUCCUAGAGGCAGGGUUUUCCAGCAGGGUUCGUUCACUGAGGAUCUUUCGAAGCAUUGUCUGGACUGUUAACUGUUGCACAGGACUUGGGCUUUCUUUAAUUUAUUUGGAUGAGAGAGUAGUACCAGGGGUUACUCCUAUACGGAAGACCUGAAUAUUGCUGGUUUCAAGUUGCGAUUUUGGGAACAGAAUAUAUUUUACCAUACUUCUUUUUUGGGAUUCGGUAGGCCAGUGGGGAUAGAUCUAUUUUCUCUGUUCACGAAUCAUCUGGUCUGAUUUGGAUGAAGUUGCUUUGAAAACCCACUAAGAAUCUCGCCAUCUUGCUCAUGUUGAAGUUUCCCUGUUGCAUACCUGGAUAACUGGAUUGACUGGUGCUUUGUGGGUACAUUGUUUGGCUUCUCUUGGAGUUUGAGAUGGUUGAGUAUGUGUUUUAGAUUGACUAACCAAUUCCGGAUGCGGAUACGGCAUGUCUUUUAAUGGCAAUGGAUGGAGGUGAACCUAAGUUUCUUCCACAGUGGCUUAAAGGAACGAGUGGUGCAGGCAGGAGUAGCGCGUCACCAUCUUCUCAUGGUUCUGUUGCCUCUCAAGCUAAUAGAGAGAUUGCUGGUGGUUCCUUUCUCCCUCGAAAUAAAUGUGGCCAAUCAAAGACAGCUUAUUUGAACCCUUUAGUUGAUGACGUUCUGAAAAACUCAACUGGGAGGCUAACUGCAAAAAAGUCUUGGAAGGAAGGUCUUAAGAAUGUUGAUCAACAAGAUGGCCUUCAUAAACAGAGAGAAUUUUCAAAUCCACGUGACUAUGGUAGCUUUCGCCGAAGCUCUUCGGCAUGGGCCUGUUUUGAUGGUGGCAAGGACAGGGAACAUAAAAGUGACAAUAGCUGGGAAAAAAGCCAUAGAGAUAGAGCACGAGAUGCUCAGAUGAACUUUAGCUCGUGUGAUAGUAAGGCCUACGACAUUUCUAAGCAAUUGCCUACUUCCCCUCUUAGUGGUAGUAGUGAAAGUAGUACUUUCUUAAGGCGUUCACGAUCUUUUUUAUCAGAAAUUGGGUCAGAUGAUGGUUCUGAAAAGAUUAUUGCUGACAAUGGAAACUCUGGUUUCAAUCGCACAAGUUCUGGUGUUUUGCCAAACAAAAUGCAGAAAGCAUCAUUUGACAAAGAUUUUCCUCUGUUGGGAGCUUCAAUGAAAAAUGGAACUGCUGCUUCAAGCCCAAGAGAUGGCCUUUUGUCCACCCAAUCAAGGUUGAUGCAGCCAGGCAAAAAUAUUUCUAGCAAGCAUGAUAACAUCAUGGGAUCUUCAUGUUCUUAUUCUCAGUUUGAUGUACCUUCUAGCAUAAAGCCUGACUGGAAAUCUGCUUUAGCAGAGCCUCCAUCCUUCACCUCAGCUGGUCCACUAGAAACCAAGAUCAAUCACUCUGGCUUGAUGCAGCAUGCUGUUCCUAACAUGCUAGGAUCUCUGAUUCAGAAAUCUGGGCAGGAGAGAAGUCCUCUGCUACAAGUGGAACCAUAUAAGGAGGAAGAAAUUGCUCUGAAGCAGUCUCUACAACUAAUUCCAGCAAUUCCACCAAAGCCUAAAGGACUGCAUGCACUUGGCUUCUCUGAUCGCGCCAAGACCAAAGUACCAUUGCAUGUAAAUACAUCAAAUGCUAAUCAAGCUGCAACGCCUUCACAUUCCAAUAUGCUGAAGCAUUCUAAGUCAGCCCAAGGGGGAGGAAAGUUGCUUAUUCUUAAAACAGCGAAAAGUGUUCCUAUUGCUUCUGAUAAGUCACUGAACUCUGAAAUACUGGAAACUCUAAAUGGCUUUAAAUCCAGUCAAACUUGUGCAUCUGAUAAGCAUGUUAAUACUUCAAAUGUUGAUAGAGAACAUAUGCAACAAAGUUCUGGAAGCAGAAUGUCCUCUGCUUCCUCAUUAUUAUUGGAGUCAGCUCGGUCUAAGGAAUCUAUCCAUUCACUUGCUGAACCGAAGAGGAAUACCAGGCAAAGUAUAAAGGAUAGAAAUGAUUUCUUCAAUUCACUUAGACAGAAGGGGAAAAAUGAGAAUACAAACAGUUCCAUGGCUGUUUGUGAAGCACAUCCCACAAUGCCAGAAGAAUGUAAUGAUAAUUUGACUACUGAACGCAAGAAGGAAGAGAUUUUGGAAGAUAUAAUGCUCACGGAAACUGUAAAUAGAGAGGACAACAAAGUAGAUGAUCACAGUAUUUUAGUAGAGACAAGUACUACAGUCAGUGGCAGAUGUGAGAGUAGGUCAUUUUGUGUUAAGGUGAGCUCUGAAGAGGAAGAGGCAGCAUUUUUACGUCGUCUGGGCUGGGAUGAAAGCGAUGGGGCGGUUGAAGCUUUGACAGAGGAAGAAAUAAACUCCUUCAUUCUGCAGCACAUGAACGCAGUGCUUUCAAAGAACAUGCUCCGGGGGAAGAGUGCGUGGAAGUUGAGCGCACUUAUGAUGCACGCAGGCAACAUGGGUAGCGUUUCUUCACAUUGACAAAGAAAAGAAAAUUCACUGGGAUUUUUGGUAUAUAUAUGCCUCCCAUUUUUGUAGGGUGGGGAGAUCAUUCUAAUGACUUGUAAGUAGUGACAAAAUUUUGUCGUUCUCCAUCUUCUAUUUUUUUCCCCCACCUGGAUACUCUGGGAGAAUGCACAACUCUCCCUCUCUUUGUGUUUUUUUUUUUCUUCAAGCCCAUUUUUAUAUUUAUUUACCUGUGAGUAAUUCUUUCGUGUCAUUCCCUAGCCUUCAUCUGUGUUAUCGAGCUGUCACAAAGGGAAUGAAAGUUGGACAGCCUGGCCAUUGAUGGCAUGAA